AUGGAGAAGAGGAUGAAGCUGUCCUUCUCCAUCCCCUCAAAGGCCAGGCCGUCCACCAACCCCGUGGCCGGCGGCGGCUUCCGUCCCAACGACAACGUGGGUGACUCCACCCCAGCCCCUAUGUUCAUCACCGUGUUCGAGACCUCACAAACCCUAACCCCUGACGUGAAGUCUGCCGUCCUCACGCCCCUAUCCAACUCCGGCCGCUUACUCCACCCCCGAUCCGGCGAACCCACAAACGCCUCCACCGGCGCUGGCAGCACCAACCCCGUUCUCGACACCUCGAAGGCGCCCGAUCAAACCUCCUCCUCCCACACAUCUUAUGGCCUCAUCACCCGCAAUACCGCCCCUGAUCAUGUGAAGCCUGCCGUCAUCCCUCCCCUUCCCAACUCCGGCCGCUUACUCAACCCCAGAUCCGGCGAGCCCACGGACGCCUCCAUCGGCGUUGGCAACAUUAACUCGGUCCUCGAUACCUCCAAGCCACCCGACAAUCCCUCUUCCUCCCGCACAUCCUAUGGUCUCAUUGUCCGCAACAAAGCUGCCGCAGUGUCGGCUGAUACUGCCGGGAAACCAGUGACUUGUCCAGUUGCUGCGGAUGGCCCCAGCGCCGCCAGCGGCGACCUGAUGCUGCGGCGGUACAAAGAGGACAUGGCCGUUCUCCCCGAUCAACCUGGUACAGAAGAGUAUGAUGAGGUACCCGUGGAAGGAUUUGGUGCUGCUCUUCUUGCAGGCUAUGGCUGGAAGGAAGGCGAUGCAAUUGGAAGGAACUGUACCAAAGAGGCAAAGGUUGUCCAGUAUGACCGCCGCACCGGCCCGCAAGGUUUAGGAUUCGAUCCCUCUAAGAAGAGAGACGUGGAGAGGAGAGAUCAAAUGCAGAAGGUUCCCAACGCUCGAGCUAGCCAACAAUCCAGUACCGUCUGUGGGAGUACUAAUACUAAUAACUUCAAAGUGCCAUGUUUACAUAGCCAUAUCAGAGUCAGGGUGGUGAGCAAGAACAUGAGCAAAAGGCUAUACAUGAUGAAGGGGAGAGUUCUCGAUGUGACGGGGCCGACGACGUGUGACAUUGUCAUGGACGAUGGGACUGAGGUGGUGCAGGGCGUGGAGCAGGAUAUGCUUGAAACAGUGCUGCCGCCGGUGAACGGGCACGCGCUCGUGCUUUGUGGCGAGCAGAAGGGUGUGUACGGCCGCCUGGUUCAGAAGAAUUUCGAGGAGCGCAUCGGAGUUUUGGAGGAUGCUGAUACGAGAGACAUGAUACCGGUGGGGUUGGACAAGAUUGCAGAGUAUGUUGGGGAUCCAGAGUUGAUUGGUUACUGA